GAAACAUGCCCCAGGGGAGGCGAAAAGUUCCGUACAGCGGAAAGGCCAAGAAGCAGCAGAUGCAGGCUAAAAAGGAGAGGCAACGAACCGUACUUGUGAGUCCAGAUAACGAGGAGAGCUGCAGCAACGCUCAAUACAAGAGGCAAGUGAUGAGGAUAAAUGAACAGCCGAGCGAUGGCAAAUCUUCGAGGAACAAAUAUGCGCUGCAGUUCUUUCAAGAGUCCAACGAGAAAUUGCGAAAGCGCAAGGAACGAGCUUUUAAAAGUGUCGAACCUGUGAGUCUCAGGGAACAAGAGGUCUCCGACAAUUAUUUUCCGCCCGGGAUCGACAUGCCAAAGCGACCCCCCUGGGAUUUUAACAUGACGAAGGAGCAACUGGAGACGAAAGAACAGAGAUACUUCACGGAAUACUUAAAUAGCAUGGAGGAAUUGGCUGACUUGAGCUACUUCGAAGUGAAUCUAGAAACCUGGCGACAAAUGUGGAGGGUUCUGGAGAUGUCGGACGUCCUGUUGAUUAUUGUUGACAUCAGAUAUCCCGUUCUAAUGUUCCCUCCGUAUUUGUACGACUAUGUGACGAAGAAACUGAAGAAGGAUAUGAUCUUGGUGUUUAACAAAGUCGACCUUGCACCACCGGCGUUGGUGGUGGCUUGGAAAGAGUAUUUUCACAAUCAGUAUCCAAAAUUACACAUUUUAAUGUUCACGUCGUAUCCCACUUACAAUCUUCGCGGUAAUACGGACGACGAGAAGGGUUUAAAGAAUAGGUCUCGUAAGGGAAAACUGAGAAUGGCCGCGGAAGGUGCGCAGAAAUUACUGGAGGCUUGCAGAGAUAUUGUUGGGGAUAAAGUCGACCUAAGCUCCUGGCGUGCGAAGAUUCAGGAGGAGAUGCACUUGGAAUACGAUUUAGACGACAUAAGUCAUACGGAUAACGUGUCGAUAGAGACGAUAGACACCACUUAUUUUAAACACGAAAAAUACAAAAAUGGGGUUUUGACCAUUGGGUGCAUUGGAACGCCGAAUGUUGGAAAAUCCUCCUUGAUGAAUGCGUUGAUGGGUAAGAAAGUUGUGAGUGUGUCUCGCACUCCUGGUCACACUAAGCACUUUCAGACCAUUUAUCUCACAAAGACUGUGUGUCUGUGCGACUGUCCUGGUUUGGUCUUUCCCUCGACCGUGCCGAAAGAGUUACAGAUAUUAAUGGGUUCGUUCCCGAUCGCUCAAGUCAGGGAACCGUAUACUGUCGUACAAUUUUUGGCCGAAAGAAUAAACCUACCGAGAUUGCUGAAGAUUCAACAUCCAGAGAACGAUGACACAUGGUCCGCUAUGGAUAUCUGCGACGGAUGGGCUCUCAAGAGGAACUUCCAAACGGCGCGAACAGCUAGAUUGGACACGUACAGAGCAGCGAAUUCCUUGCUACGAAUGUCAUUAGAAGGAAAAAUUUGCUUGUUCAUAUACCCGCCGAAUUGGACCAUUGAUAGAAGAAAAUGGGAAAAUCAUGCAGAUGUUGAGACGGUGAGAUGGAUUCAAGCUAGGAAUAAAGGUGAUAAUUUCAGUACACCGACUGAUAAUAUGUCUUCUGAAAGUGAAGAAAGUGACGAUGAAAGACUGACUGAAUCCUCUGGGAGUAUAGCAAAUAACACAGCGAACGGUUUAACGGAAUGGCCAGACGAGGAAAACGAUGUGCCGCUUGUAGCUAAUAAGUUUUCAUUGUUAUCUACGGAAUAAUAAAAUAGUUUAUCAUA